UUUCGAGGAUAGGAAAAUAAAAGUGCUUAAUUGUUGAAAAUUAUCACAAGUAAUUAAGUUAUUUUAUCAAAAUGAUACCGAAAAAAAUGCCGGUAAAGGAUGCACAUAUCGUAAAGAUAGCCGUGCAACGUUUUGAUAAAUUGGCACAGCUAAUAAAUCUCGACCAGCGACACCCCCUGGCAAGCAAGAUCCAGGAAAUAUGCACAAUUUGGGGCAUAAACGAUCAUCAGAACUACGCCUUGCAGUUUUCCGAAACCAAUAACAAAAAGUAUGUUACGGAAAAAAAUCGCAUUGAGAUCAAAAAUGGUUCCGUACUCCUACUGCAGUACUCGCCUUCUAAAACAGCCAUGGAUACGCUGCAUACGCUGCGCGAAGGCAACGACCAGGAAAAGGUAAAGUGUCUCAAGGAACUAAUGGUAUUGAGCACGGAUUUGACAUUCGCAUUGGAGUUUAUCAAGGAGAAAGGGCUGAGUAUCAUCAUUAAUAUGAUCGAGGAUGUCACGCAGAGCGACAAUGAAAUAUUGAAAUACAGUUUGGGUAGCUUUGUGGAGCUAAUGGAGCAUGGCACGGUGUCCUGGGAAGUACCGGAGAACUCGUUUGUCGAACGCAACAUCAAUAUUGUACGUUAUUUCCAAAAUUAUCAACAUUCGCACAUACAGUGUGUUGAGAGCGCAGUUUCCAAUCUGGAAAACAUCGUGCAGAGCAGCAAGUAUGCACUGGUGGCCGAAAAAGUCAAAUUGCAGGACUUGCUGCGCAUCCUGCAGGAAGUCAACUCCUCGGUUUUGCGUCAGAACACAAUUGCGCUCAUUAAUGCGCUGUUUAUGAAGGCGGAUGAGCAGAAGAAGCGGGAAAUUGCAGACACAAUUAGCGCCAAGCAAUAUCGUCUGGCCUUGAUCGGAAAUGGACGCAGCACUGAAAUGACGCAUCAGUUGUACGUCCUGCAGACCCUCACACUGAGUCUGCUGGAGAAGCGAAUGCGUAUGAAGAUGAACGCCCAGGAUCAGGAUGCUCAUGAGAAGAUUAAGGAGCUACGGCAUAUCGCUUUCGAUGAUUAUUCGGCGGCAGUGGGCCCCACAGACGAACACAUACGACGAGGUGGUUGUGGCAGUUCAAGCGGCGGAAACAUACACUUUCCGCAAUACUAUAAAAAACUGGGCUUCAAAUGUGACAUAAAUCCCGCUCAGGACUUUAUUGAAACGCCACCAGGUAUGUUGGCCCUUGACUGCAUGGUUUAUUUUGCUCGCAACUAUACCCAGCAGUACACGAAAAUAGUGCACGAGAAUUCGUGUCGGGCUGAUGAGCAUGAAUGUCCAUUCGGGCGCACCUCUAUUGAGCUGGUGAAGGUCUUAUGUGACAUUCUGCGCAUUGGAGAACCAAUAGCGGAGCAGUCGGGUGACUUUCAGCCCAUGUUCUUCACGCACGAUCAGCCCUUCGAGGAGUUCUUCUGUAUUUGUGUAAUAACUCUCAAUCGAACCUGGAAGGACAUGCGCGCUACAGCUGAAGACUUCCAGAAAGUGUUUAGCGUCGUGCACGAACAGAUAACACGUACUCUCAAAGAUAAGCCGGAGAAUCUUGAGGACUUUCGCAGCAGAAUUGCUUUACUGACAUACCAACAAAUCACAACUCUGCGCGCGCAGGAGCGCACUUCGAAGGAGCAAUGCGAUUCUUCAACUUCGGCAAUUGUUAAAUUAAAGGAAAAGAUAUCUCCGCACAUUAUAGAACUUAUUAAGCAGCAACGUCUAUCAUUUUUGGUGGAGGGAACUCGUUUUUCCAAAUAUUCGCGAGGCACACGCACCAAAGACAAAUUCUGGUAUGCGCGCCUUUCGCCCAACCAUAAGGUCAUACAUUAUGGCGACUGCGAUGAGAAGACGAUUCCCACGCUCGAGGAAUUGCCAAAGAAACUACCUAUAAUCGAUAUUAAGCAAUUACUGGAGGGAAGAGAAUGCCCGCACAUGAAGGAGCAUUCCCGCAUUCGAAAGUCGGCUGUUAGCUUGGCCUUCUCUAUAACAUUCGAGAGCAUCGAACACUCAACACUGGACUUCGUGGCGCCAGAUGAGACAGCCUUUAAUUACUGGACGGACGGCAUUAAUGCGCUGCUGGGUCUAGAAAUGCACAGCAAACAACAAAAGGAGGAUUUCGAUACGCUGCUCUUUAUGGAGAUUAAGUUGCGUUUGCUCGAUACGGAAGGCGUUGAUAUCAGCAAAGAUCCUCCGCCCAUACCAGAGGAUCCCGAGAGCUAUGACUUCUGCUUCGAAAGCUAAAGAACGUAAAAUACAAAUAUUCCAUUCUAUUCAGAUAUUUUAUUUGGAACCUUUUUCUAUAAUAUAUUCAUUCGCCGCGCAAUAUUUUCAAAUUUUCAAAAACGAACAUACAUAUGUAAAUGUGUAUUGUAUAUGUAUGUAUGUACAUGCCAAAGUGGAAUCUACCAAACGUCUCAUCGCGAAUAUUAUAAGCUAAUCGGAAUCGAGUAUUACAUGUGCAAUUUUAUAUAAAAGUCGCAAAACAUUUCUAUUAUCUUAUACUUUUACAUUUAUUCAUUACAUAUAUCGUAUAUAUAUUUUAAAUAUCUUUAC